CCCUCUCUCUAACAAACUCCCAUUCUCUCCAAAAACAAAAAAUGCCUGAAGCUCCAAACGCACCCUCUCUGCUGGAAAAAAACAGCGCCGCCCUCCAAUUCAUCGAAGACAUCACCACCAACGCCGCCCAUGUGCAGCGCCAAGUCCUCUCCCAAAUCCUCUCCCGCAAUGCCUCCUCCGAGUACUUAACCCUCCACGCCCGCCCUUCCCCCGACACUUUCAAAUCAUCCAUCCCUUUGAUCUCUUACGACCACAUCCAACCCUUCAUCACCCGCAUUGCCAAUGGCGACACUUCCCCUAUUCUCUGUUCUUCUCCCAUCUCCGAGUUCUUAACCAGCUCCGGCACUUCCGGCGGCGAGAGAAAGCUGAUGCCCACUAUCCAUGAAGAGCUCGACCGUCGCUCACUCUUGUACAGUUUGUUGAUGCCUGUAAUGACCCAGUUCAUUCCGGGGUUGGAGAAGGGUAAAGGAAUGUAUUUUUUGUUCGUCAAAGCCGAGGCUCGAACCCCUGGCGGCCUUCUCGCUCGCCCUGUUUUAACUAGCUACUACAAAAGCUCCCACUUUAAGGACCGCCCCUACGAUCCCUACACCAAUUACACCAGCCCCAAUGAGGCUAUACUUUGUACGGACUCAUACCAAAGCAUGUACGCUCAAGUGCUGUGCGGCCUCUGCCACCGUCUCGAUGUGCUACGCGUGGGCGCGGUUUUCGCCUCUGGCUUUAUCCGCGCCAUACGGUUUCUGGAAAAGCACUGGCAGCUACUCUGCCAUGAUAUCCGGAGUGGGACACUUAAUUCCCAAAUCACGGACCAGGCGGUUCGGGAGGCUGUACUGAUGUCAGUCCUGCGUAGGCCUGACCCUGAGCUGGGGGACUUCAUUGAGGGGGAGUGCUGUAAGGGGUCGUGGCAGGGAAUCAUUACAAGGCUGUGGCCUAAUACCAAGUAUGUGGAUGUGAUUGUAACAGGGGCAAUGUCGCAGUAUAUUGGGACGCUUGAUUAUUAUAGCAAUGGGCUUCCCUUGGUGUGUAGCAUGUAUGCUUCUUCCGAGUGCUAUUUUGGCCUCAAUCUUAACCCUCUUUGUAGCCCAAAUGAAGUUGCUUACACUCUCAUCCCUUCCAUGGCCUAUUUUGAGUUUCUUCCUCUCCAAACAAACCACAAUCACGAACACCAACUCGUCGAUCUUACCGAUGUCGAACUCGGCAAAGAAUAUGAGCUCGUAGUCACAACUUAUGCUGGAUUGUAUCGAUAUCGAGUUGGGGACAUUCUAAGAGUGGCGGGAUUCAAAAACAACGCUCCUCAAUUCAACUUCGUGUGCCGAAAGAACGUGGUUCUAAGCAUUGACUCCGACAAGACCGAUGAAGUUGAACUCCAAAAUGCGGUGAAAAACUCCAUCAACCAUUUGGUGCCAUUCGACGCAACGUUAGUGGACUACACAAGCUACGCCAACACAUCAACAAUUCCAGGGCACUACGUGGUGUAUUGGGAGGUGAACCAAAAGGGGUCGACCGGAGUGCCGCCGUCGGUGUUCGAAGAUUGUUGUCUUACGAUGGAGGAGUCGCUGAACAGCGUAUACCGUCAAGGGCGGGUGUCGGACAAGUCCAUCGGCCCUUUGGAGAUCAAGGUUGUCGAAAUUGGGACAUUUGAUAAGCUCAUGGAUUAUGCCAUAACCAUGGGAGCUUCUAUAAAUCAGUACAAGACGCCUAGAUGUGUGAAGUUUGAGCCCAUCGUUCAGCUUUUGAACUCGAGAGUGGUGGAUAGUUACUUCAGCCCUAAGUGCCCCAAGUGGGUUGCUGGUCAUAAGCAAUGGUGCCAACAGGAUUCAACCUUCACUAAUUAGGCAGAUUUUUAUGCGCUUUUUCUUUUUGUUCUUUUUUUCCCCCUUGCAAUCAAAUAAUAUGUAUGUUCUUGUGAUGAUCAUGUUAAAAGCAUCAUCAAUUCACAACC